AUGUAUACGAAAGCGCUACAAAUUCUUGAUUCACAACUUUGUCUUGUAAAGGAACAUAUUGUUAAGUGUUCCUCAGAAAGUAGUUGUGAACCUCUCUCAGACUUCGAUUGUUUAGUCAAUGGAUUUUGGCCUGAAGCAGUUGAUCUUCUUUGUGAAAAUUUACCUGAAAUAUUUUCUCCAGGUCAUCCAGACAGAUUUUAUGCUUUGUAUACUGUAAGUAUGCAUUUUGUCGAAGUAAUAGAAACGAAAACUUGGUCAUCUAAACAACUCACUGCUUUACGUAAUCAUGUAUCCUAUUCAUUGUUUACGAACAAAUGGAGUUUACCAGUUUAUUUUCAGAUUAGAUUUCAAGAAAUCGCUUUAAAUGUUGAAAAUUCUAUGAAAAAUGGUUUAAAAGAAAUCAAAAACAGCCAAAAAUCAUGUUUACUUGAUGUCACUGAAACAGUAAUUUGUCAACUUGAUCGUUGUUGGAUGAAAGGCAUUUAUUUAGAUAAAUUAAUGCAUAGAUUUUGGAAGUUAACUCUACAAAUAUUAAGUCGUUACUCAAGUUUUAUUGAUGAACAAAUCAAAUCUACACAAGAGAAUGACUCUAUAUGUCAGUCAUCUGAUGCAUCUACUUCGUUACAAACAAAACCAGCUGAAUGUUGUUUCCCUGAACUGCUUAUCUUCUUCUUGGUUGACUGUUUCCGAUUAAUCGACUAUGUACGCUUUGAAUUGAAGGAGAAAAUCUUUACCUGUCUAAAUCAACGCUCAAUUUAUACCGUGAAUGAAGUGAAAAACUGUGAAACGUUGUUAACAGAGUGUUUAGAACAAUCAUAUAAACGUUUGAUUACAUCUAUUGGUCCAACAAAUGAUCUUAUCAUAGAUAGGAUUCAGCUGAAUUGCUCAAAUUGUAUUCGUCAAGUUCUAGAUAUACCACGUCAAUAUCGCUGGACUAAUCGAGAUUUCCCAUCUGCACCUUCAACAUAUGUAUCAAAUAUGAUGAGUCCUUUAAUCAAGUUAGCUGACUUGGGAUCAAGUUUAUCGAAAGUGAUUACAAGUUCUGAAUCUUGUUUAACUGCGUUACUACAACAGUGUGUAAAGAAAGUAACUCAUGAGUAUACAACUCAACUGUCGGAAGUGUCUACAUCAGUAAGGAAAAUGGAAGAUAGUCUACGCAGAUUAAGAGAAGUCAGACGUGGUAGUUCACAAGCCCCCAAUCAAACUCAAACUGUAAAUGGAUUUCAGUCAGACGAUAAGACUCGCCACCAACUGUACUUGGAUGCUAAAGCAUACAGUGAUGAGAUUAAAAAGUUAUGGAGUGUAAACCCUGACCAUAUCCGCGAGUUGGAUGCUUUCAUAGAAGUGAUCCACACCUGUCAAUGA